GGGCCUGUGGGCGCUGCUGUGCCCCAGGCGCUGGAGAAGAGCAGGGCGGGGCCUGAGGCCGAGAAGAGGCCGCGCCGAGGGCCAGAGGAGGAUGGUCCCUGGGGGGCCUGGGACCGCAGAGGGACUCGCAGCCAGGGCAGAGGUCGCAGGGCCCGGCCCACUUCGCCUGAGCUUGAGUCUUCGGACGACUCUUACGUGUCUGCUGGAGAAGAGCCCCUGGAGGCCCCUGUGUUUGAGAUCCCCUUGCAGGACGCGGUGGUGGCCCCAGGGGCGGAUGUGCUGCUCAAGUGUAUCAUCACCGCCAACCCCUCGCCCCAAGUGUCCUGGCAGAAGGAUGGGUCCACGCUGCGCAGUGAUGGCCACCUUCUCAUCCGGGCGGAGGGCGAGCGGCACACCCUGCUGCUUCGGGAGGCCCGGUCGGCUGAUGCUGGGAACUACACGGCCAUCGCUACCAAUGAGCUGGGCCAGGCCAGCUGCGCUGCCACGCUGGCUGUGAGACCUGGUGGGUCCACAUCCCCUUUCAGCAGCCCCAUCACCUCUGACGAGGAGUACCUGAGCCCCCCAGAGGAGUUCCCGGAGCCUGGGGAGACCUGGCCCCAACCCCCCACCAUGAAGCUCAGUCCCAGCCAGAACCGCCGCUCCUCAGAUGCUGGCUCCAAGGCGCCCCCCACCUUCAAGGUCUCCCUUAUGGACCAGUCAGUAAGAGAAGGCCAAGAUGUUACCAUGAGCAUCCGUGUGCAGGGGGAGCCCAAGCCAGUGGUCUCCUGGCUGAGAAACCGCCAGCCCGUGCGCCCAGACAAGCGGCGCUUCGCGGAGGAGGCAGAGGGUGGGCUGUGCCGGCUGCGGAUCCUGGCCGCUGAGCGGGGUGACGCUGGCUUCUACACUUGCAAAGCAGUUAACGAGUAUGGCGCUCGGCAGUGCGAGGCCCGCCUGGAGGUCCGAGCACACCCUGAGAGCCGGUCCCUGGCCGUGCUGGCCCCCCUGCAGGACGUGGACGUGGGGGCCGGGGAAAUGGCGCUGUUUGAGUGCCUGGUGGCGGGUCCUGCGGACGUGGAGGUGGACUGGCUGUGCCGUGGCCGCCUGCUGCAGCCCGCGCUGCUCAAAUGCAAGAUGCAUUUCGAUGGUCGGAAAUGCAAGCUGCUGCUCACCUCCGUGCAUGAGGACGACAGUGGCGUCUACACCUGCAAGCUCAGCACGGCCAAAGAUGAGCUGACCUGCAGCGCCCGGCUGACGGUGCGGCCCUCACUGGCGCCCUUGUUCACACGGAUGCUGGAGGAUUUGGAGGUGCUGGAAGGCCGCACGGCCCGCUUCGACUGCAAGAUCAGUGGCACCCCACCCCCCUCCGUGACCUGGACUCAUUUUGGCCGCGCCGUAGAGGAGAGUGAGAACUUGCGUCUGCGGCAGGAUGGGGGGCUACACUCGCUACACAUUGCCCAUGUGGGCAGUGAAGAUGAGGGGCUCUACGCAGUCAGUGCCACCAACACCCACGGCCAGGCCCACUGCUCGGCCCAGCUCUACGUGGAGGAGCCUCGGACAGCCGCCACUGGCCCCAGCUCGAAGCUGGAGAAGAUGCCAUCCAUCCCUGAGGAGCCAGAGCAUGGUGAGCUGGAGCGGCUGUCCAUGCCCGACUUCCUGCGGCCGCUGCAGGACCUGGAAGUGGGACUGGCCAAGGAGGCCAUGCUGGAGUGCCAGGUGACUGGCCUGCCCUACCCCACCAUCAGCUGGUUCCACAAUGGCCACCGUAUCCAGAGCAGUGAUGACCGGCGCAUGAUGCAGUACAGGGAUGUCCAUCGAUUGGUGUUCCCUGCUGUGGGGCCUCAGCAUGCUGGUGUCUACAAGAGUGUCAUCGCCAACAAGCUGGGCAAAGCUGCCUGUUAUGCCCACCUCUAUGUCACAGAUGUGGUUCCAGGCCCCCCAGAUGGUGCCCCACAGGUGGUGGCUGUGACUGGGAGGAUGAUCACCCUCACAUGGAACCCCCCCAGGAGUCUGGACAUGGCCAUCGACCCGGACGCCCUGACCUACACCGUGCAGCACCAGGUGCUGGGCUCAGACCAGUGGACAGCGCUGGCCACGGGCCUGCGGGAGCCUGGAUGGUCAGCCACAGGGCUGCGUAAGGGGGUUCGGCACAUUUUCCGGGUCCUCAGUGCCACCAUCAAGAGCAGCAGCAAACCAUCACCCCCUUCUGAGCCUGUGCAGCUGCUGGAGCGAGGCCCACCCCUGGAGGAGGCGCCCGCUGUGCUGGACAAGCCAGACAUCGUGUAUGUGGUGGAGGGACAGCCUGCCAGUGUCACCGUCACCUUCAACCACGUGGAGGCCCAGGUCGUCUGGAGGAGCUGCCGAGGGGCCCUCCUAGAGGCGCGGGCAGGGGUGUACGAGUUGAGUCAGCCAGAUGACGACCAGUACUGUCUUCGGAUCUGCCGGGUUAGCCGCCGGGACAUGGGGCCCAUCACCUGCACUGCCCGCAACCGUCACGGCACACAGGCCUGUUCGGUCACACUGGAACUGGCAGAGGCCCCUCGAUUUGAGUCCAUCAUGGAGGACGUGGAGGUGGGGGCUGGGGAAACCGCUCGCUUCGCUGUGGUGGUUGAGGGGAAACCACUGCCGGACGUCAUGUGGUACAAGGAUGAGGUGCUGCUGACUGAGAGCAGCCACCUGAGCUUCGUGUAUGAGGAGAACGAGUGCUCCCUGGUGGUGCUCAGCACGGGCGCCCAGGACGGAGGCGUCUACACCUGCACUGCCCGGAACCUGGCUGGAGAAGUCUUCUGCAAAGCAGAGUUGGCCGUGCGUUCAGCUCAGACAGCUAUGGAGGUAGACGGGGCCCGGGAAGACGAGGAACAGCGAGGAAAGAGACUCAGCGACUUUUAUGACAUCCACCAGGAGAUCGGCAGGGGUGCCUUCUCCUACCUGCGGCGUGUGGUGGAGCGUAGCUCUGGCCUGGAGUUUGCAGCCAAGUUCAUCCCCAGCCAGGCCAAGCCAAAGGCAUCAGCGUGGCGGGAGGCUCGGCUACUAGCCCGGCUCCAGCACGACUGUGUCCUCUACUUCCAUGAGGCCUUCGAGAGGCGUCGGGGGCUGGUCAUUGUCACCGAGCUCUGCACAGAGGAGCUGCUGGAGCGAAUGGCUAGGAAGCCCACCGUGUGUGAGUCUGAGAUCCGGGCCUACAUGCUACAGGUGCUCGAGGGGAUAUGCUAUCUGCACCAGAACCAUGUGCUGCACCUGGAUGUCAAGCCUGAGAACCUGCUGGUGUGGGAUGGUGCAGAGGGUGAAGAGCAGGUGAGGAUCUGUGACUUCGGGAACGCCCAGGAGGUGACUCCGGGAGAGCCCCAGUACUGCCAAUACGGCACACCUGAGUUCGUGGCACCCGAGAUUGUCAACCAGACCCCUGUAUCUGGAGUCACUGACAUCUGGCCCGUGGGCGUCGUUGCCUUCCUCUGCCUGACGGGAAUCUCCCCUUUUGUUGGGGAAAACGAUCGGACAACAUUAAUGAACAUCCGAAACUACAAUGUGGCCUUUGAGGAGAACACGUUCCUGAGCCUGAGCAGGGAGGCCCGGGGCUUCCUCAUCAAAGUGCUGGUGCAGGACCGGCUGAGGCCUACUGCAGAGGAGACCCUAGAACAUCCUUGGUUCAAAACACAGGCAAAGGGCGCAGAGGUGAGCACGGAUCACCUGAAGCUAUUCCUCUCCCGGAGGAGGUGGCAGCGCUCCCAGAUCAGCUACAAGUGCCACCUGGUACUGCGCCCCAUCCCUGAGCUGCUGCGGGCACCCCCCGAGCGGGUGUGGGUGGCUGUGCCCAGAAGACCACCACCCAGCGGGGGGCUCUCGUCCUCCUCUGACUCUGAAGAGGAGGAGCUGGAGGAGCUACCCUCAGUGCCCCGACCACUGCAGCCUGAGUUCUCGGGCUCUCGAGUGUCCCUCACCGACAUUCCCACUGAGGAUGAGGCCCUGGGGACCCCGGAGGCUGGGGUUGCCACCCCUAUGGAGUGGCAGGAGCAGGGAAGGGCCACCUCUCAGGACCAGAAGGCCCCAAGCCCUCCUGCCCACCCCUCCCCAGGCCAGGAGCCCCCAGCUGGGCCCAGCCCCAAGACCCGGGGAGGCCUGGGUGAGGGUGAGUAUGCCCAGAGGCUUCAGGCCCUGCGCCAGCGGCUGCUGCGGGGAGGCCCUGAGGAUGGCAAGGUCAGUGGCCUCAGGGGUCCCUUGCUAGAGAGCCUGGGGGGCCGUGCCCGGGACCCCCGGCUGGCACGGGCUGCCUCCAGCGAAGCAGCACCCCACCACCAGCCUCCACCAGAGACUCGGGGCCUGCAGAAGAGCAGUAGCUUCUCGCAGGGUGAGGCAGAACCCCGGGGCCGGCACCGCCGAGCCGGGGCGCCCCUUGAGAUCCCUGUGGCCCGACUUGGGGCCCGCAAACUACAGGAGUCUCCCUCCUUGUCUGCCCUCAGUGAGACCCAGCCCCCCAGCCCUGUGCGGCCCAGCGCCCCGAAAGCCAGUGCCCGCAAACCCAGUGCCCCCAAGUCUUCAGAACCUCCUGCCACCAAACCCAGUGAUGCUUCUCAGCCCUUGGCAUCCCAGCCUGCCCAAGAGAAGGCCCGGGAGUUCAAGGCAGAACCAGUCCCAGCCCCCAAACCGACACAGCCUCCCGUGGCCCUGCAAACCCCAGCGCCCCCCCUCACACCCUAUGCCCAGAUCAUUCAGUCGUUGCAGCUGGCGGGCCACACGCAAGGCCCUCCCCAGGGCCCGGCCACACCUCCAACAGAGCCCAAGUCCCACCCCGCGGUGUUCGCCAGGGUGGCCUCCCCACCCCCGGGAGCCUCUACCAAGAUCAUGCCUGCAGCCUCGGCUCCCCCAGCACCUGCCGAGAAAGCCCGGGUCCCCACGGUGCCCCGCAGGCCGGGCAGCAGUCUCAGCAGCAGCAUCGAGAACCUGGAGUCCGAGGCCGUGUUCGAGGCCAAGUUCAAGCGCAGCCGUGAGUCGCCCCUGGCACGGGGGCUGCGAAUGCUUAGCCGCUCGCGCUCGGAGGAGCGCGGCUUUGGACGGCUACGCAGGGCCACUUCCGAAGGCGAGAGUCUGCGGCGCCUCGGUCUCCCACACAACCAGCUGGCCGCCCAGGCCGGCGCCACCACACCUUCCGAGGAGUCCCUGGGCUCCGAGGCCAGCGCCACGUCGGGCGGCUCAGCCCCUGGGGAAAGCCGGAGCCGGCUGCGCUGGGGCCUCUCUCGGCUGAGGAAAGACAAGGGCUCGUCACAGCCAAACCUCUCUGCCAGCGUCCAGGAGGAUUUGGGUCACCAGUAUGUGCCCAGUGAAUCAGACUUCCCCCCAGUCUUCCACAUCAAACUCAAGGACCAGGUGCUGCUGGAGGGAGAGGCAGCUACCCUGCUCUGCCUGCCAGCAGCCUGCCCUGCACCCCGCAUCUCCUGGAAGAAAGACAAGCAGUCCCUGCGGUCAGAGCCCUCAGUGGUCAUCGUGUCGUGCAAAGAUGGACGGCAGCUGCUGAGCAUCCCCCGGGCGGGCAAGCGGCACGCGGGGCUCUAUGAGUGCUCAGCCACCAAUGUCCUGGGCAGUGUCACCAGCUCCUGUACCGUGGCUGUGGCCCGUGUCCCAGGGAAGCUAGCCCCUCCCGAGGUACCCCAGACCUACCAAGACACGGCGCUGGUGCUCUGGAAGCCAGGAGACAGCCGGGCACCCUGCACGUACACGCUGGAGCGGCGGGUGGACGGGGAGUCUUCCUGGCACCCAGUGAGCUCAGGCAUCCUCGACUGUUACUACAAUGUGACCCACCUACCAAUCGGCGUGACUGUGAGGUUCCGUGUGGCCUGUGCCAACCGUGCAGGACAAGGGCCUUUCAGCAACCCUUCUGAGAAGGUCCUCGUCAGGGGCACGCAAGAUUCCUCAGCUCUGCUACCUGCUGCUCACCGAGACACCCUUGUUACCUCAGGGCCAGCCAGGGCCCCGCCUCCGGACUCUCCUACCUCACUGGCCCCAUCCCCGACCACUGCUGCAGCUCCUGGUCCCCCAGGCCCCCAGUCAGCUGCUCUCAGCCCUUCAUCUCCCCCAACACCCCCCAGCCAGGCCUUGUCCUCACUCAAGGCUGUGGGUCCACCACCCCAAACCCCCCCACGAAAGCACAGAGGCCUGCAGGCUGCCCGGCAAGCAGAGCCCUCCCCACCCAGUGCCCAGGUCACCCCAAGUAAACCCAGGUCUUCCGUCCCUAACACUGGGACCCCGACCCCAGCCUCCACUCCUCAAGGGGUUAAACCAGCGUCUUCCUCUACUCCCCUGUAUAUGGUGACGUCCUUUGUGUCUGCACCACCAGCCCCUGAGCCCCCAGCCCCCGAGCCCCCUCCUGAGUCCACCAAAGUAACUGUUCAGACCCUCAGUUCAGCCAAGGAGAUGACCAGCUCCCCUGGCGGCAGUCCCCGCAGCUCUCCGGGGCCGGAGGGCACCUCUCUUCGACAGGGCCCCCCUCAGAAACCCUACACCUUCCUGGAGGAGAAGGCCAGGGGGCGCUUUGGUGUAGUGCGUGCAUGCCGGGAGAAUGCCACCGGGCGGACGUUUGUGGCCAAGAUCGUGCCCUAUGCAGCUGAGGGCAAGCGGCGAGUCCUGCAGGAGUAUGAAGUGUUGCGAACGCUGCACCACGAGCGGCUCAUGUCCCUGCAUGAGGCCUACAUCACCCCACGUUACCUUGUGCUCAUCGCUGAGAGCUGUGGCAACCGGGAGCUCCUCUGUGGGCUCAGUGACAGGUUCCGAUAUUCAGAGGAUGAUGUGGCCACCUAUGUGGUGCAGCUGCUACAAGGCCUGGACUACCUCCACGGCCGUCACGUGCUGCACCUGGACAUCAAGCCAGACAACCUGCUGCUGGCCUCUGACAACGCCCUCAAGAUCGUGGACUUCGGCAGUGCCCAGCCCUACAACCCCCAGGCCCUGCGGCCCCUUGGCCACCGCACGGGCACACUGGAGUUCAUGGCUCCUGAGAUGGUGAAGGGAGACCCCAUCGGCUCCGCCACAGACAUCUGGGGUGCGGGGGUGCUCACUUACAUCAUGCUCAGUGGACACUCUCCGUUCUAUGAGCCAGACCCCCAGGAAACAGAGGCUCGUAUUGUGGGGGGCCGCUUUGAUGCCUUCCAGUUGUACCCCAACACCUCCCAAAGCGCCACCCUCUUCUUGCGAAAGGUCCUCUCAGUACACCCCUGGAGCCGGCCCUCUCUGCAGGACUGCCUGGCCCACCCGUGGCUGCAGGACGCUUACCUGAUGAAGCUGCGCCGCCAGACGCUCACCUUCACCACCAACCGGCUCAAGGAGUUCCUGGGUGAGCAGCGGCGUCGCAGGGCCGAGGCCGCCACCCGUCACAAGGUGCUGCUCCGCUCCUACCCAGGCAGCUCCUAGUGGCUCGGACCACAGCCUGGCCCCGGGAUUCCACUCGGGGCUCCCGCUGAUGCUGCGGGACAUUCCAGGGCCCACGCUGAACUGGGUGGAUUCAGGGCUUCGGACACCACCAGCAGAAAAAUCCAGCCGGGCUGUUACCUCAUGGACCUGCGGGGACAGAGGCCCCGGUUUCGGGGGCUUCGGCCAAUGCCACCAGGCCAGAGCCAGAGCUGGAGACUCAUUGGCCAGGCUGGGUGGAGUUGGAAGCAGGAAGAAGGGCAAGAACAGAAUGGGGAAGUGAGAGGAAGGGGUGGGAGACUCUAGGAAGGUUCUGGGAAUGGGGGACAGUGUAUCCAGGGGAAAGUAACCCAGGAGGGUGUGAGUGGCUAGAGAGGUGGAAAAGGAAGGAACCCAGGGUGUCAAGGCCAUGGGCUGGGAGUGCCAGUGAAGCAGGGACAGGACAUCGGACAGUGACAGGGUGCCAGAGGCAGCGUGUGAGAGAGGGCAGCAAGAUAGGGGAGGGAGAGGAGAGAGGACUCAGGUGGGGAUGGGAUGGGCCAGCUGCCAGCAUCCCAUUGAAGAAUUGUGGAGGGCUGGAGGCAGGAGGCAGUGGUCACUCAACCCAGUGCUCUCCUGUUGCUUCAGUGAGUGCAGCUCUGGGCUCUGUGUUGGCCCAAGGAUGUCCCCAUGGCCCUCCAUGGCCUUUGCCCUUCUUCCCAUUCAUAUUUAUUUAUUUAUUGACUUUUAUGAAGUUUUCCUUCCACCCAAUCCUAAUUGCUCAUGUUGUCCUGACCAUCCCCCUCCACCCAAGCCAUCCAGCUGUCUGUGCAGCUGUCUGUCUGUCUGUCACAAGGGAAAUAAAAAUAGCAAGCAGCAGGA